UGUACCGAUGGUGUAAUUUUCCACAAAUAAUGGAAGACGGUGGCAUGAGACGCGUUUUCUGGAAACCUGUUUACCUUCAGCGAAAGAGUUCUCCCAGGAUAUCGAGUGAUUGAUUGCCGUCGACUGAUGCAUUGGCCAAUGAGAGCGGGCUUGAGGCGUGUUCACACGAGUAGACCCGCCUACAAUGAAGAAACCCAGCAUGAACAGGCAGAAGAAGAGCAGGACUGUGCAAGUAUGAAGAGCGUGAGGGGACAUUCCUGAAAAUAAUCUGCCGAAAACACAUGUGAACAGAUCUGGAUCAGAAUGGCAACGUUUAACAACACCGGAGUAACUAACGAUAGUCACAUCUACCGUUGCAUUUUAAAAGAGCAGUUCAAGUACAUUCUCCUCCCGGUGAGCUACACUCUGGUGUUUGUGUUCGGCCUGGCGUUGAACAUCACGGCCAUGUAUUUCAUCCUGUUCCGAACCAAACACUGGAAGCCCAGCACCAUCUACAUGCUCAACCUCAACAUCUGCGACACGCUUUACGUCCUCACCCUGCCGUUCCUCAUCUACUAUUACGCCGAUAAGAACGACUGGCCGUUCGGGGAGCUGAUGUGUAAGCUGAUUCGCUUUCUCUUCUACACAAACCUCUACGGGAGCAUCCUCUUCCUCAGCUGCAUCAGUCUGCACCGCUUUUUAGGCAUCUGCCACCCGAUGCGUUCUCUGUACUGGAUGAACGGCCGCCGCGCUCGUUUGGUUUCCGUAGGAGUAUGGAUGAUCAUUCUCAUCUUACAAGCACCGAUUCUUUAUUUCUGCAGGGUUAGACUUAACAAUAAUGACCUGGUCUGUCACGACACCACUAUCCAGGAGCUCUACAAUGACUUUCUGGUGUACAGCUCGGUGGUGAUGUUCCUGCUCUUUGUCGUACCGUUCGGGGUGGUGCUCGUUUGCAAUGGACUUAUGGUGAAGAAACUUCUCGACCCCGGCGUUCUCAGAGAGCCAAUGUCGCAGCGCUCCAAACAGAAGUCGGUGAAGAUGAUCAUCAUCGUGCUUCUGGCUUUCAUGUUGUGCUUCUUGCCUUUCCACGUGAACCGCAGUAUAUACUACACCUUCCGUUACCUGGACACACACGACUGCGAUGUGCUGCGCCUCUCCAACAACAUCUACAAGGUCACGCGACCUCUGGUCGGCCUCAACAGCUGCAUCGACCCCAUCCUCUACUUCAUGGCAGGACAGAGCUUCAGAAACAGCAUCAAGAAGAAAUUAAGCAUAAAGUCUGACAAAUCCCUCUCAACAUUACAGUAAAAAUUUGGGUUAUAUUACGUGUCCUGACAGGGAAAUAUCUGGUUUUGUUUUUAUUCUUGCUGAAACGAAUGUAACCUGGACAAAAAAGUAGCUAACCCACUAGUUUGACCAAUAGCGCGCAGAUAUAAUGCAUAACCGACCAAUCAUGGCAUCCGAGAAGGUGGGAUCUAAGCAUUGAAAAUGCAGGUAGACCUACAUAUAAUGUAUGAAGCCAAAACCCAAACAUUUCAGGAAGAUUAGAAAUCCCAGGGAAAAUAGGGCUUUUCACACUGCACUUAACUUUUUGCACUAAUUUAGAAGCGAGAUUAGUACCGUUUUUGCCUGGUGAGCUCUACAUCCAGUCUCUUGCCUCAUCUGUGAGAACAGACCGCCAUUUCGAGUUAGUUCUGGUAUGAAAUAUUCUCGUUUUGAGGUUGUGACUGACUCAUCGUCUCAGUUCAAGCAUGAAAUGACUGUCUUUUCAUAUUUAAUGCAAAAAAUAAACUUGAAUGAACAUCACAACGAAUUUGAUCUCAACCACAUCAAUAUACCAAAAUGUUUUAAGAAUCCACCGACGCUGAAAAAAUUGGUCAUGAUUGGUCAGAUCGCCUGUCAAUCAAACUCUUUGGGAACAAUGGGCUGGUUUUGUUUGGCAGGUCUGGCAACCCUGUUUUCUCUGAAUUAUACUCUAAUUUGCACAUUCUCAAAGUCUAAUGUGAUUGCGGCAUAAUUAAUAUAAGUGUGAAAAGCCGUACUCUUCAUGGUACUGGAAGAAUUUCCCGGUAAUCAUCAGGUUAUUGCCCAUAAUCCGUCGAAAAGCAUUUUAGAUCAGAAUAAUGUGUUAGUAGCCUAUACUGCAAAAUGCUAUAAGCGUAUACUCCUUUUUUAGGUUAAUACAUUUAGCCAUUGCUAAUGCUGAAAAAGCACAUUUUAAAUCCCCUGUUCAAAGAAUUUUGGGGUCAGUAAGUUAUUUUUUGUAACAUUUAACACUUAAGCAAGCAUUUGAUUAAUCAAAAGUGACUGUAAUAACAUUUUGAACACUAAAUGUAGUGUUUGAAAAGGUAUUUUAAACAAAUGCUGUUAUGAACUUUCUAUUAAAGAACCCUGAAAAAAUG